AUGAUUCAUAAUAGUUCCACAUCGAAGAAAAAGUUUCUCACGUUCAAUGAGAGCAAAGUAUUAGUUGCCAGUACUUUAAGAACUGGAAGAGGAAUAGAAAUGUUAAAUAAAAUAAUUAAUGAAAAAUAUUUGUUAAGAAAGGAAUAUAAUAAUUUAAAACUCCUGACCAAAUUAGGACUUUUGGAAAAACAGAAACUUGGUUAUAGUUUAUGGUUUAUAGAAAGAAAAAUUAGAUACAAAUUGAUCAUCACAUUUAACGAAUUUUAUUAUAAAUGUAAAAUUUCUGAAUGUGUUCAGGAAAAAAAAAAAAAAUGUUAUAAAAAUUAUAAUGGCUUUAAAAAGGUAUAUGGAUUAUUUAAGUUAGAGUCAAUAAUUCAGUUAAAGGCGAAAAAAUUAGUACAAAAUUUUUUUUCUAAAUUUUUUGUAUUUAAAGAAUUGUUUUUGUAUAGCAAAAAAGGAAAGAAAGGAAUAGAUAAUGUCUCGUUACAUCAAAAAGAAACUAGUAUUGUGAAUAUCCAAACUAAUUGCACAUUUCCAAAAGACUAUGAAUACUAUAAAUGUACGAAUUAUCAUUUACACAAAAAAUUUCCUUUGAGAAAUAUCAAUUGCGCGAGCGCAAAAGAGAUAAACUAUGUAUAUAAUAAUAAUUAUAUGGAAAAUAAAAAAACAACAAAACAAAAUUACUCAUUGAACAAAUCGUAUACCUUACUACCGUUAAUACCUUAUUAUUACGAUAAUUUGCCCUCUAUUAAAAUGUCUCAUCAUAAUAAAGAUUUGAUUAAAAAUGAUUAUAUCAGAUAG